AUGAUCACGGUCACCAAUACCGCAACGGUCACAGAAACAAUCUAUAUGCCAGACGACGCUACUAUCACUGGAACUUCUGACUUAACUCCCGCUCCCACUGAUACACCUGAAGAGACGACUACCACUGGAACCUCUGAGCCAACUUUGGCUCCCACUGGUACGCCUGACGCGACGACUACUACUGCGACUUCCGAUUCAACAGCUCCUACUCCUAUUGAUACACCUGGGGAGACAGCUACUACCGCUGUAACUACCAGCGCUCCUGAUAGCACUGCUACUGGAACUUCCUGUGCUUCGAUGAGCUGUGAUCCUACGACCACCGUCACCGUCGCCACGACGAUCACAGCCUCACCCUCGCCUUUGGCUUCGGCUUCGACUUCAACUUCGAUCGAUGGCCCCGUCUCUACCCCGGAAGCGUCGUCAACGUCGACCGUAACAUCGACAUCAACCGACGCUUCUAUCUCUAUUCCGGAAGCAUCGUCAACGUCGACCUCAACAUCUACUUCUUCUGUCUCUACCCCAGGAUCGCCAUCAUCCAGCACUUAUUCGUCCGCUUUCACCACUACGACCGCCGCCCCCGAAGAAGUCACGGUCACAGCAACCAACACUGCCACCGUUGCCCCGGCAGAAGUCACAGUCACCGCGACCAACACUGUCACACAAUCACAGCCGCACUAUCUCCUCAACCCUUUCCGCCCGUUCGACCCAAACCCUACCAUGUCAUUAGUAUGA